GUUCUUCGAAGAAAAAAUUGUGACUGGAUCGGAUUAUCGGUUGUGAAUCAAAGACAAAGACAAAGAUUCUUCAGGAAGGAAUCGAACGCAUAUACACUAUCUUGGUUUCGGAAAGACUAGGGGUAAGAAUCACCAUAAGCAUUAACUUUCAUCCAUCUGAUUCUAUUUGAUAAGUUGUUAUGAUAGAAAUAUCAGUUAUGACUCAUCGUGGUGAAUAGUGAACGAGACAAUAUCUUUUUGUUUCCAUUGACACACGUAAUCGAAAGUACUUACGGUGCAAUCUUUUUUUUUUCGGGGAAACCCCCUAACGUCAAGUGCUUUCGAAUGUUGUAAACAUAUUAAAAGGUUUCCAUGACAACAUUUUUAGCAGGGGUCCACUGCAUUUCUUGACCAUUAGGAGAAAGAUUGAUUCCUUACCCUCCUGAUCAGAGAGUAUCUAGCCUGCAGAGUAGAGUGCACCUCCAGUGCUGGAGUGACAAGACGCCUAUUAUCAGUAUUUACCCGCAAUGAUAGUAAGCUUUGCACUAGAUUGAAAACAACAGACGGGAUUUCGUUUUGACUAUUGGAAUAUAUACAAAAGUAACCACUCUAUUCGUGCAAAAAGGCAAUAUUUACAAACACUCACACGCACGUGGCCUCUCCGAAAAUAUAUGUAAAUUAUUGUCUAGAGCACGUUUGAAUCACCACAGAGAAUAGAGUUUCGACUAUCUUAUCUAGUAUGAAUGUUCAUUUCGGAAUUUAAAUUCGAUAUAUACAAUACUAUAAGGACGAGAAAUUCCAUAGUCAUUCAGCUGUGGGAAUCCUCUCAAAGAAAAUUCAAGAACCAGAUUUAAGCUACACGAUAUUCUUGCUGCUGGACUCUGUCAAAGAGCUCGGCAAUUUUAGGUAUCGAUGAUAUUUGUUGCAAUACCAGUAAUUUUUGACAACUUCUGUGCAACACGAAAACGCAGACUUGAUAUAUGUGCCCUACUCCUUUUCCCAAAUAUAUUCUAUAACCUUUUUUGUUUUUAUGCCUUCAUUUUCCCCUUUUUUAAGGCUACAGUUUAUACGCUAUAGAAGUAACGUCAAAAAGCUGUGCACAGAAUUACAAUGUCCGAUAACGUUCCACUGCGCGAUCAAGAGUCUUGCGUCGAUGACGAUUACUACAUGAUAGAUGUUUUCAGUUAUGUGCGACCGGAGACAAAUGGCGAAACAGGAUCACUGCAUCAAUUGGUCAUGUACGUCACAAAGGCCUUGGAGAAUUCUGGCCGCCUAGAUAUUCUUCGAGUAAGUGCGGGUACUUCAGCACAGUCAGCUUAUCAGACAAUCUAUCGUUUCACUAACCAGUCAGCCACUUAGACGGCCAUUUUGGUAGUUGGCCAGUCUGUUAGUCAGUCAGCAAGUCAGUUAGUCAGUCAAUCAGUCAUUCUACAAGUUAGUUGGUCAGUCAGUUCUAUAUUGGUUUAAUAAGAUCGAGUACAGCCUGGAACAGACUAGCCCGACUACUUCCCCCUUAAAAUCUAUCAUUUUCACAUCCAGCACACUGGUUUUUUUUCACUCGUUCCAGAGUUACUUGUGCUAAAAUUAUGCUGUAUCAUUCGGAAAGUCAACAGACAGGAUGUCUAUAGAUAAUCAAUUAGCCAGUAAGACAGCCAGCCAGUUAAACCUGUCAUAACAAGUUAAAUGACUCUCUUAUCCAUCAACUUUGGGAAAUAUAAUAAAUAAGUGUUAAGUUGUAGUUAAAGGGAUCCCUUAGCAAGUUUCCAUAGAUCUAAACUCGUGUCCUGCGACUACAACAUGCAUCAGCAUAUCAACUCUCCAUUUUUUAUGAACUGUUCAUAGGAGAAGCAACGUGAUCAAAACAUAAUGAAGAUAUACUCAAAGAUUUUCCGAUGGAAGAAGACACAAGGGGAAAACAUUAAAGCACAGUUAUUCUUGGGGGACUUUCACGCUGACGGAGAGGUAAUGACUCGCAAUCAUAAUUUUUGGGUUUUUUGAGGGUUAAUUCAUGGUUUUGACCCACGAAAGUUCAGAUCUAGUUCCACCAGAUAAAUUGGUUGAUGGCCAUAUCUUAAUCACGAUUUAUCCACACUUUUCCUUGGCUAUCUCAGUAGUCUUCUACAAAAUCCUUUCUCUCAGGCUAUGAUAAAAAACUGCUCACAUCUAUUCGCCUUGAAGGUAUUUGACAUUGGUUUAAAUUUCUAACAAAAAACGACCAUUGUUGCAGUUCAAUUUGUAAUAGAUCAACAAAGUGUGUAACCAAUCCUGCAUUAUUUUCCAGAUUGAAAGAAAGAAGGUCGAUCACAUGAAAAUGGCAGAGAAUGUCGUCAUCACCAUGCCAGUCAGCGACGCCUCCAAAAUGAAUGUGAAAGGAAAAUUACUUAAUGAAGUUGGAGAGAUGAUCUUGGAGAUAGAAGAGAUGACCGUAAAUCUUUUUAAGGUGAGUUAUAUGUAUUGAAACCGAUUUUGUGUCAAGAAUUUCUCAAUAAUCACCCCUAUGCGUUUAUGCCUGCCCAGAAAAUCCAAUGUUACCUCUCAAGAUGCUGAGUGGUGAAUUUUAAUGGCUAAGUAUUUUGAGAGAAAUUAAACACAAAGAGUAAUCACACAAAGACAUCAGGAAAGUAGCAGAUGUUCCAAGAAAAUGUUGCAAAAUGAGGCUGGAGAGUUGAGAUUCAACAUGUUACGUAAUCAUACAUGCAUUAUUGAGGGCCGAUUCUGGAUGGUUUUUACUGCAAUCACUCAGGUUGCUUGGUUUUUGGAAAAGGACCACUUAAAUUUUCCAAUAUCAUUCAAGCUUCACCUCAAUUACCCUCAGUAAAGCAGAGAAAUUUCACUCGCUCACCAGAUGCUUGUCACUAAGUUUUGUGGCUGUUUGUAAUUACUAGCACUACCAGCAACACAGCGUGCUCAUUAUUUUUAAAUCAACUUUUUUUCAGUUUCAAGGCGGUGAAACACGAGUUGGGAUAGAGCACGAGUAUAGAGGCAACGAGCCAGUUGAACAAGAUGUAGCCUCAUGAAGCCAAGUCUAAUUAGCCUAUAGUAAGUUUUUUUUUCUUUAGUAGGGGAGGUUUGCGUAACUAAAGGAUAUUACUUCAUUUCAUAUGAGGGAACUUCCUCUAAUAUAGCAAUCAAAAUCUUUUUGUCUAGCUUGAUAUUCCUUUUUACUCGCUAGAAGCCAUAUUUAGCAUUCUUUUAGCCCUAAUUGCUACUUCGAACUUUUUUGCUUGUGCUUUUGGAGGGCGGGACCUGAACCCUACAGAGAUCUAAAUUUAGAGGUUUGAGGUGAAAGUGC